AAGCAGGAACUGGAACAGGAACAGGAACAGGAACUGGGUGUUGUGUCAGCUGCACUGACAUCGUAUUAGGUUGGUGUCGGCGCCAUGGCUACGGCUGAGAGCAAUGAAGAGCCACGUCAGCUGGCGGCGCCGGAAACUGAUGCAGCUGCUUCUGACAUGGUGGAGCCCGUCCUGGCGCUGUUGCGCGGCGAUGUGCUUAAUCAGACGCGUGCUCCGGUCUUCUACAACAGCUACAACAUCUCGGAGGAUGUCUAUUACUACUUCAACGGCUUCAAUGCGGCGCCUACGAGUACAGAGCUAGCGUUGAAUUUGAAUACCACAAGUGGGGCGCCUAGCAGUACUACACGGGAGCCAGAUCUGUCCGAGUAUCUAGAGGCGCUGCCCAACGAUCGUGUUGGCCUGCUGGCCUUUCUGUUCCUCUUCUCUUUUGCCACGGUAUUUGGCAAUUCGCUGGUCAUCCUGGCUGUCAUCAGGGAGCGCUACUUGCACACGGCCACCAACUAUUUUAUCACGAGCCUGGCGGUUGCUGACUGCCUGGUGGGUCUGGUGGUAAUGCCCUUCUCGGCACUGUAUGAGGUGCUGGAGAACACGUGGUUCUUUGGCACCGACUGGUGCGACAUUUGGCGCUCGCUGGACGUACUCUUCAGCACGGCGUCCAUACUGAACCUGUGCGUCAUCUCUCUGGACCGCUAUUGGGCUAUCACGGAUCCCUUUAGUUAUCCCAUGCGGAUGACAGUUAAGCGUGCGGCUGGCCUGAUUGCUGCUGUUUGGAUUUGCUCGAGUGCAAUUAGUUUUCCGGCGAUUGUGUGGUGGCGGGCCGCCAGAGAUGGUGAGAUGCCCGCCUACAAGUGCACCUUCACCGAGCAUCUGGGCUAUCUAGUCUUCUCAUCCACCAUAUCUUUUUAUCUGCCACUCUUGGUCAUGGUCUUCACCUAUUGUCGCAUUUAUCGCGCGGCGGUUAUUCAGACGCGCUCCCUUAAGAUCGGCACCAAGCAGGUGCUCAUGGCAUCCGGGGAACUGCAGCUGACUUUGCGCAUUCAUCGUGGCGGCACCACCCGGGAUCCCGCCCCCAAUACACAUCAAGUCUCUGGCGGUGGUGGCGGUGGCUCCCUCAGCCACUCGCACUCUCAUUCGCAUCAUCAUCAUAAUCAUAGCGGCGGCACAACGACAUCCACGCCCGAGGAGCCGGACGACGAACCGCUAUCGGCGCUGCACAAUAAUGGCCUGGCCAGACAUCGACACAUGGGCAAGAACUUUUCACUUUCACGGAAGCUGGCCAAGUUUGCCAAGGAAAAGAAGGCGGCCAAGACGCUGGGCAUUGUGAUGGGCGUGUUCAUUGUGUGCUGGCUACCGUUUUUUGUAGUGAAUCUACUGUCCGGCUUCUGCAUCGAGUGCAUUGAGCACGAGGAGAUUGUUUCGGCAAUUGUGACAUGGCUAGGCUGGAUUAACUCCUGCAUGAAUCCAGUGAUCUAUGCCUGUUGGAGCAGAGACUUUCGCAGAGCUUUUGUGCGCCUGCUGUGCAUGUGUUGUCCCCGCAAGAUACGCCGUAAAUAUCAGCCCACAAUGCGCUCCAAGUCACAGUGCCAUGUUGCCGCCGCUAUGGUGGCCGCCUCAACAUCCUUUGGCUACCACUCCGUCAAUCAGCUGGACCGCACCCUGAUGUGACGUCAGCCGAGCAGCUGCAGCACUUGCAGUGGUAGCAGCAACUGCGGCGGCGGCGUUGGCGGUGGCGUCGCCCGCAACUCUCAUCAAUAUCAUUCAUCGGCGGCACCCACGCCUUCGUCCUCGCAGCGCUCUUGCACGCGCUGCCAGAGCUUUCACCGGCAUCAUCAUCGCGCCAGGCGUCGCAGCUCAGGCAUGCAGCUGCGGGGCGACUACAGUUCGACGUCGGCGGUGAAUAGCGCAGCUAAAACUAUUGUGACAAUUACGGCGCCGCCAGCAGCGGCAGCCUCGGUCAGCACAUUGCAUCUCGGCAGUGGCAGUGGCAGACCCUCAUCGGUGUCCACGCUCACGCUCGCUUCGGUGCCGCGCACGCUGUUGCUAGAGGCCUCUAUUGGUGGCGGUGGGAUAAAAGGUGAAUCCGUCAGUGCGGCGAAUACUCCAAUUACGCCAGCCAUGAAACACACCAGCUUUGCGCUGACGCCCAACGACAUAGGACCAUCGGGCUCAUCAGGUUCGAGUCAUCAUGUAUCGUUUAUGCCCAUGCCGCUGCCCAUGAUGGGCAUCAAGCGUUUGCGCGACUCUAACUCAUCGCUCGCCGCUACAGCCGUGGCCACCAGCUCGGCACCUUCGUUGAUAAAGGCUGCGGAGUCGCCGACUGAGGUACAGCAUGCAGCGCUCGAACUGCGCCAGAGCGUGCAGAGUCAAAUCACAACGCUGGAGGAUGUGGACGAUGUGCAUGACAGCGAUGAAAACAGCGACAGCGAGAGCGUAGGUCUGGCCCUGGUACAGACGACGCCACAGCUGGAGUACCAGGCGGGCAUGGCGUCAAGUUCUUCAAGCGCUUCGGUUAAGUAAACUCUCCCAAAGCACUCAACCAUAUUAGUAAUAAGAUAUACAUUGAUAUUUGUAUAAAGCGAUAAAAUUCUUGAUUACUUUUGUUACUGGUCCUACUGGUCCAAUAACUUGACUAUCUUGAUGUCUCUUAUUGGACCAAUAUUUAUAUUAAUAUAUUUAUAUAAGUCGUUACAAUUAGACGUCAUAUCUCAGAUCUUCCAUUAAUAGAUUAUAUCCCCUGAGUUCUUUAUGCCAUGCAUCCUGUAAAUGUCAACCCAUCUCUGAAUUAUAUUUAACUGAAAGCUACGUCUUCAACCUGUCCACGUACCUGACACUCCUCCCUUACUCUAUUUUCCCUCUUUAAGUAAUGCUUAUCUAGUGAGUAUUUAAAAUUAACUUAAAAGCUAUUAACAAGUUUAUGAAGCUAUUCGUUUUUCCUAACUCCUACAAAAUAAUAUUACGGGUGCAAAAGAAUUUAAACCUACCUUAGCCUCAAAAUAAUAUUAUCAAUUAAAUAGCAAAAGGUCUCAAGAUUUUAUUCCAAACUAACAAUAUGUCAAGUUAUUUCAAAUUGUAGUAUCUUUGUAGCGCAGCCCGUUCUCUUCGCAUCUAAUAAGCUUAACUUGACUUGAAGUUAAAUGUCGCAUGAGUAUAUAAUGUUUUCAAUGAAAUUGAGAGCAUCAUCAAAUUAAUUAAUGACAUUUCUCAAAUUAAUAUACAUUUGUCUAUUAUGAUGUUGUCGAAUAAAAACAGUUGCCAGUGCUGUCGUUUGUUGUGAAAAUUUCAGUGUGGCAACACUACGAGAGCGUUUAACUGCAUGCUACUUUUUGACAGACAGUUUUGCAAACCAAUAAAGUUUGACAAGCUAAGCGCCCUUCAAUUUGCACAGGAACGGAAGAAAAUGGGGCAUUGAUAUUAUGUUUAAGAUUAUAAAAAAAAACACAACUUGAUUUGGUAAAGUAACAGAAAACACAAAAGCCGAGCUCAUCUAGUGCAAAGGCUCACAAAGGGUAUUUUUAUUUUUUUUUUUAUUUAUUACAUGGAGCUGGGACUUUACAGUUGUUCGUGAAAGCACACAAAUUAUUGAUGAACAAAAGUUUAAAGCUAUAAGUAAAUGUUUAAUUCACAAAUAAUACAAUAAGCUAUGUAAGGUCAAAGAUAUUAUAAGUUUAUCUGUAUAGCUAAGCUACUUAAAGUCUUAAGAACUUAAUUUAAUAAACUGUUUUUUCAGUUUAAAACUAGCCAUAAGUUACUUAUAUUUUUAUAGUUUUCAGUUGGCAGUUAUGAAACAGCGUAAAUUUUCUAAACUGGUAGCACAGGCAUACUAUGUGAACACUGGAUACAACACCAAUAGUUAAAUAUCUAACAAUGUGGCAUGUCAUAAGCUCUUAAGCUGCUCACAGCAUAAAACAUAUUAUAAUAGCAUAUAUAAGAACCUAUAUAAGAAUUUAUUGGGUUAAGAUUAGGCUCAUAAAAUGCUCAGCUAAUCAAACCAUUUUUCUUAUACAAAAAUGAAAAACAGAAAAACUAUUAAUAAUAAUGAGAAGUGCAUCAUAAUGCAUUCGGACAGACAUAACAGAUACUCACAUAGGAAAAUAAUUAAAGUGGAGAAAACAAAAUCAUGCUCAUUGUUUAGAAAACAAACAAUUUUGAAAAGAAGGAAGGAAAUUUAAACCAAAAUGAUAACAAAUGGCAAUUAUUAAUAUUCAAUAUGUUUAGCACAUAAGCUCAUAGAGUAAUUUUGAUGUAUGUGUGUGCGUUCCAAAAAUAGCGUUAAGUAUAAACUUUGACAUGAAGCUAUAUUUCUUACUGUGUAUAUGUGUGUGUACUUAGCCAUUUAUGUUCUUUCACAGAGAGAAAGGGAAACAAUGCGAGCAGAAGCAGCAGCAAGAAUUUACAAUUUACAAUUUACAGUACAUAAGUGAAUAAUUAAUUGGAGCCAAUCCACUAGAAACUUAUCUAUAUAUAUAGAACUGUUUGCCCUGACUGACUGAUUGGCGAUCAAAGCAAAGCCUAACCCGUAAGAGCUGGAAGGCUGAAAUUUUGCGAAUGUGGAAAAUUGGUGGAAAAUGUUGUGAGCUUCUUUGUUCAUCAUCCGAUCGGGUUCAAACUCAUUUUCGAAGAUCCUUGUCUGUGUGGCAAGUCAACUCGUCCAGUGUGGAAAGUGUGGGUCAAAGUUUAUAUAGCAUAAUAUUAGGCAAGAAGCUCAUUUAUAUAGCUCGACACUUAAAUAGUAAAUCGGCGGAAUGCCUUGAUUGCAACGUUUUGUUUUUCAUUAGGUCGGCCUACAACUCAUUUUUAAGUAUAUAUAUAAAUCUCAAUAAUUCUGAAACGUGGGGUUAAAGGUAGUCCGGGAGAUUCAACUUUCCAACGAGCAGGAAAUGGUUGCCAUUGAGAUUAUGAUAGGAAUAGCGAACAGAACUUGAAGCACAAAACUUGUCCCGCCAGGCAUAUAAUUGAAAGAUCCAACCAUUAAGUUAAGCAGCAAAACAGAUUUGUACUCCAUAUAUAUGAAAUUACGACUAUGUUU